UAUGUAAGUUAUUAAACAUGAUAAACUAUUGUAUUUGAAAUUAAUAUGAAUCUGGUUACAACUUCCGAAUCUACCCGGAACUCUUUUUCUUGUUUUUUUCUUCUAAUGUUGCAUGUCUUUUUAAAUUAAUUCAAAACCGAAGAAAUGGAUCAAAUAGCUGUUAUUCAGGGACUUCUGUGCUCAGGUGACAAAGUUCUAUUAUCCAUCGAAGCGGGUCGUGUCCAGGAUUGGGUUAAAUCCAAUCGGGUGUUGGCUCUAGUUGAACAUUCAGGUGAACAUGCAGUUUUUAUUUUGGUACAGACUCCGUCUUCUAAUCCCGGUUAUUUAACCAUUGAAAAGGCUGUAGCUAUCAAUGAUAGCUUUAGAUGUGAAAUUGAAACUUCUGGUUUGGAUUCAAAUACUGAUGACAAUGUGUAUCUGAAAAUUACAAGUGGAAAACAUAAAUUUUUAUUUGAGCUGCCAUAUAAUGCCAAAACAAAAAAUUUUGCCUCUCAAAUUUCAAAAGCAUCUGAAUCAUACUUUUUAAAAAUGGGACCUCAGUCUGAUUUCCAGUGGCUUGUAAAGUAUCAGCCUUUACCUGUUAUAAAGGAAUCCACAUUUUUCCUUGAUGAUGCUGAUAGUUUGAAUGCAAUGAACCUUGACUCUCAGUCUGUUAAUUCGAUGAACUGUGAUGACACUUUUACAGAUUUAGAUAGUGCUUAUUUUCCACAAUUGAUGGCAGCUCAUAGUGAUUCAGAUCUAACUAAAGGUCAGAUGCAGUCACCAGAAUUCAAUAAUUUGCCCAGGCAAAGCAUAGCGAUGGGUGUUACACCUCUUGCUGCAAGAGAAAGUGUUAUUCGACUUCAAAUGGCAAUGCGUGAAGAUGAUUAUGUGUUCUUGCAAACAUAUACUGUGUUUAUGGGUACAUGGAAUGUAAAUGGUAUGUCUCCAAAGGAAUCCUUAAAAGACUGGCUUGCAGUAGAUGAUGUGCCACCAGACUUUUAUGUUGUUGGAUUCCAAGAACUUGAUCUCAGCAAAGAAGUGUAUCUUUUCACUGAUACUCCAAAAGAAGAAGAAUGGUUAGAAGCAGUUAAAGCUGGAUUAAAUUCUAAUGUAAAUUAUAAAAUGGUUAAACUUAUACGAUUAGUGGGAAUUAUGAUGAUAGUUUUUAUUAAAGAAGAAUUAGCUGAACAUGUCAAAAAUGUAGCUGCAGAAACUGUUGGAACUGGUAUAAUGGGAAAACUAGGAAAUAAAGGUGGAGUUGCUGUUAGACUUGACUUUCAUCGGACGCCAAUAUGUUUUGUGAAUUGCCAUUUAGCUGCCCACAUGGAAGAAUGUGAACGUCGUAAUCAAGAUUACAAUGAUAUUUGUGCUAGGAUAGCCUUUACUCAGUUUAAGCCCCCUAAAUACAUCAAAGAUCAUGAUCAUAUAUAUUGGAUGGGUGACAUGAAUUACAGAAUCAUGGACUUCGACAAUGAACAGGUUAAAAAUCUAAUAGAGAAAAAAUGUUAUUCAGUUCUGUUAGAGCAUGAUCAACUAACCAUUCAGAAUAAACUGAAAAAAGUUUUUGUAGGUUUCAAUGAAGGGGUGAUUGAUUUCGCACCAACAUAUAAAUAUGAUGUUGGGACAUGUAACUGGGAUUCCAGUGAAAAAAAUCGUCCACCUGCAUGGUGCGAUAGAAUUUUAUGGAAAGGAACAAAUAUGAGGCAGUUAGCCUAUAGAAGCCACCCAAAACUCUUAUAUAGUGAUCACAAGCCAGUUAGUGCCGUAUUUGAAUCGAAAGUUAAAGUAGUGGAUAUAUCAAAAUAUCGAAAGAUCUAUGAAGAAGUAAUGAAAAAACUGGAUAAAUUAGAAAAUGAAUUCUUACCUCAAGUUACCCUGGAUAAGUUAGAAGUAAAUUUUGAAAAAGUUCAUUUUAUCGAAUCAAAAGUCCAAACUAUAACAAUUGCCAAUACUGGUCAGGUUCCAGUUCAGUUUGAAUUUAAGAAAAAGUUGAAUGAUACCAGAUAUUGUAAAGACUGGCUGAGUAUCAAACCCUACAUGUCAUUUUUGAAACCUGGUGAAAAAUGUGAUGUUGAUUUAGAAGUUUUUGUUGAUAAAAGAAUAGCUUAUAAGUUAAAUGCAGGGAAAGACAAAAUUUAUGAUAUUUUAGUAUUGCAUUUAGAAGGUGGUAAAGAUUUAUUCAUAACAGUUUCAGGUUCUUAUGUCCCUGGCUGUUUUGGUGCAUCUCUUGAAGCACUGGUUCGAAUUUCUGUUCCUGUAUCUGAAGUUCCAGUUGAAGAACUAUUUGAAUUGGAGAAUAAUGUGUCAAAUCCCACAAAACUUAAGCCACAGCAGUUUGAAAUACCUAAAGAAAUUUGGGUACUAAUUGACCACUUGUAUAAGUUUGGUUUAACUCAAGAAGACUUAUUUCUUCAACCUGGUCUUCGAUAUGAAAUUGAGAAAAUUAGAGACAAACUGGACAGCGGAAUUUAUGAAUUCGGUUCCUGUUCUGUGCAUUCAGUAGCUGAGGCAUUUCUACUUUUCUUGGAAGCAUUGGCAGAGCCAGUUAUUCCAUAUGAAUUUUAUUAUAAAUCUCUUGAUUGUUCUAACAACUUCAUCAGCUGUCGAAAUGUUGUCAAUGAAAUUCCAAGAAUUCACAGAAGUGUGUUUCGAUAUAUAGUUGCAUUUUUGCGAGAGAUUUUAAAUCAUGGCACGUUAAAUAGACUAGAUGGAAAGUUGCUUGCAACCAUAUUUGGUGGCAUAUUGCUUCGAGAACCUAUAAAUGAUACUCAGAAUUCUGCAGCAUAUAAAAAAGUUAAUCAGCAAGUUACAGAGAGGAAAAAAGCCACAUUUAUAUUUCAUUUUCUUAUGAACGAUUUUGAUGACAUGUAAUUAUAACCAUAAAAGUAUAAUACUAUUAUUUAAAAUUAAGCUGGGAAAGGUACAUCUAUAUAUUUCCCUUGCAGCCAUAUGAUUAACAUAUUUAGUAGUAAUUAGUCCUGAUACUCUCAGUUCAUUACUCAUUUUAUGACAGGGACCAGUUUUAUUUGUUAUGAAGUAACAGUUUUCUGGUUCAAAUUGUAUAGAACAAAGUUGCCAUUUGUAAAGUUGUGUAAAAUUUGUACUUAAAUCAGCAUUUUAAGAUAUUUAGUUGUCUUUUAAAAUGCUGUUCAUAAUACAGAAUUUGUGGUUAUCAAGUAUUUUACUCUCAGGUGUAUACAAUAAUUCCAAGUAGAUACAGUAUUGCACUGUGGACUGUGUUAAUUUAAUUGGCUUAGUACUGUAACAAAUUUUACAGUGAAAUGUCUUCAUACAGUGUAUCAGUAAUCAUCAAGCAUUGCAACUAGUCUGUGGAUCAAAUACUCUGUAUAUUAAAUAUCAUAUUCUAGUUUUCCAAUUCAUGAUAUAGUAUUUUAAAGUUUUAAAAGUACUAAAAUUAAGUGCUGAAAUUCAUUAGAACUAGAAAUGACAUUUCUGAAUGCAAGUGGCUGUGUUAAGUACAUUUUAUUUUAAGAACCUUCUCUGUUAACAUUAAGUACAUUUUUAGUAAGAAAUAUAUUAAAGUAGAAUAAGAUUAAUUGUAUACAUAUAGUUUUCGUACUUAAGUAGUAAAUCAUUUUUAUUCAAUACUUUGAACUAUCAUUAAAAAGAUACUAAUUCAUAUUUGCAUAGGCUGUCGUUCAUAUUCUCUGUGCAUAAAACAAAUCCUCUUUUGAAAUAAAUUUAUUUCCUCAAAUAUUUAUUUAGUUAAUAAUAUAUAAAAACUGAUUAUACUAUAUUUAUAUGCCUUUUCUACUAAUUAAUUUUCUUGUCAGAAUUUAUUGCUAGAAGUUUGUUUUAUAGUAGCUUUUGAAUUAUUUUUAGCAGUUAUAUACUAUUUUAUUGGAUAAUGUCAAAUAAAGUAAAAAGAUUAAGCAUAUGUGAAAUUCCGUAAACAGUAAAUUACUGGAAUGUUUAAAUAUAUUUAUGUUUAAGGUCUCUAGAAUUUAGGAAAUAUUUUUGGCAGGUUUCGACUUGUAUUUAUAAAUAUUAUUUGAAAAUAUAAUCUUGUUUCUCAGUAUUCAAGAAAAGUAGCUUUGCACCGAGUUAUUUUUGCUGCAAAAACAUCUUAAGGCUGUAGACCUGGAGUUUGUAUCAUCUUGAAAUCUGCAUGUUUAACCAAGUUGAAAUUAAACUGGAUAUUAUUGAGUUGUUACAUAUCAACAGUAUCUUUGUUGUCACUCCCCCUUAUUUUUAUGUACAAAAAUUUAGUGAUUAGGAAAACCCAUGCCAUAUUUUGUAAAUUUUGUCAAAUUAAUGUAUAAUUUUCUGGGAAAUUAUAUAAUUUACCAGCA